AUGGUCAUUCAGAACAAAGACUCUGUCGCAGAGGUGCCUCUCGCCCUCGUCUCCAACCUUUACCUCGACGAACUCACCGCAGGCCUGAGAGCACGUCCCAUUCCGUGGGAGGGUUACCAAAGAGCCACGCUUAUCACCCAGACGGAGCUGAACUACAUCAAGGCGGUAGAAAAGAAGACUGGAGAAGAUCUCUCACGCGUAGUCGACAAUGAAGGGCCGGUCUAUGCGGAUUUAUUUGUCAGUCUCCUCCAAAAACUCGUUCGUGUCGACACUAUCCAGUCAAUCCUCAUCCUGAUUGACGAUCUACUCUUGGAUCAUGAGGAUCGGGCGACAUACUUUCUCGAUCUAACCAAGAAAGACCCCAGCCUCCCUUACGCGCCUCUGUUAAAGUGCCUGAGAAGCGAGGAUGACUUUGUGCCACUGAAGGCAAGCAAGAUCUUGACUACGAUUCUGUGCGCCAGCCCAAAGCCAAGCACGGAGGCUGCAGAGGAGCUCUUCCGCUGGACCACCGCUCAGCUUCAGAGCAACAACCCCGCAGUGGUUGACUUGGCUGUUCAGGUGCUCGAGUCCGUUUUUCGACAGAGGGCAGUCCGACCCAUCUACUGGAACUCGCCUCAUGCUAUGGACGCUCUUGUUAAAAUCUUGAAGACUGAAGCACCCACCCCUCAGAUGCAGUAUCAGGUCAUCUACUGCUUCUGGAUCCUGACCUUUGACACUGAGAUUGCGCAAGAAUUGAACAGGAGAUACGAUGUCAUCCCUCAGUUGGUCGAGAUUGCAAAGUCGGCUAUCAAGGAGAAGGUCAUCCGUGUCAUCAUCUCCACCCUGAGAAACUUGGUCGAGAGGGCACCUGAGGCAAACUUGGCCGCCAUGGCUGCCGUCAAGCUCUUGACCUUCACAGAGAACUUGUCAACACGAAAGUGGUCUGACGGCGAGAUUCUCGAAGAUGUCAACUACCUCAAGGCAGAGCUGGAAGAGAACUUUCAAACCUUGACAACUUUCGAGGUUUAUCAGGCGGAGUUAUUGUCUGGAAGACUUAUCUGGUCGCCACCUCAUCAAUCGGAUCUUUUCUGGACAAAGAACUGGCGUGAGCUCAAGAAGGAGAACUAUGCUCUUUUGAGGAUCCUUGCUCGACUUCUUAGUACUGCUGGUGAUCCUGUUGUCUUGUCUGUCGCCGCCAACGACAUUGGACAAUACGUCAAGCGCGAUCCCAGCAGCAAAAAAUUCUUGCAGGAGCUGGGUGUCAAGCAAAGGAUCAUGGAGCUCAUGGCUCACCCUGACCAAGAUGUUCGCUACAACAGUGUCAAUGCCAGCUGGUCCCUGAUUGGAGGCAGUGGGCGUGUUUAG